UGCCAAGUCAAGUAAACCUAAAUCGCGGAGCGAAGACGGCGACGCGCUAAUGGGCAACAUCGGAAGCCGCGGUGGCUCCAAUCCGCCACCGCCGCCGCCUCAUCUUGACGGGCGGGGACAUGGGGUCCCUCCGCCGUACUACCACCGGUACCCGGCUUGGCCCCCGGGUCCCGCCGCGCCGCCGCCGGUGCCGUUUCCAGCGCAGGUGGAGCGGCAAAGGGCCGUGUCUGUGCACGCCGGCGUCAACAUCAAGGGGGAUACCCUGCGGCUGGAGCGCGACGACGACGGCCGCUGCCUACUCGCCUUCUCCUUCGACGCCGACGCCCCCGGAAGCAUAACUGUUUACUUCUUUGCACAAGAAGAUGAUGACUCUGUCCUGAAGGCUACAAAGGAAAAUAUGCUCCAACCUGUGAGGGUAACAUUUAAGGAAGGCAAAGGUCAGGAGUUCAAGCAACCAAGUGGAACAGGGAUUGACCUCUCAAUGUUUGAGGAAUCUGACCUCACUAAGGUUGGGGAGGAUGGUGUAUUUCCUGUCGCAUUCAAAGUGGAAGUGGAUGUGUCAAGCAACCAAGAUUUAGAAAGGGAACAGGAUGCAGAAGACUCAAAGUCGUUGGCUAAAUUUGCUGUAUUUGUGAAGAAAGACAACAGUGAAUAUGGGAUUCAAGUUGUGCAGCAGAUACUGUGGGUAAAUGGAACUAGAUAUGUCUUGCAGGAGAUAUACGGUAUUGGGAACAGGAACACAGAUGACAAGAAUGUUGACGAGGAUGAUUCUGGGAAAGAAUGUGUGGUUUGUCUUACAGAACCAAGAGAUACAACUGUCCUUCCAUGCAGGCAUAUGUGCCUGUGCAUGGAGUGUGCUCAACUUGUAAGGUUCCAGACCAACAAAUGCCCCAUUUGCAGGCAGCCUAUUGAGCGCCUUCUCGAGAUUGAGUUUGAUAGCAAGCCCAUGCCUCAUCAAGGAGAUUAGUAGCUAAUAAAUCCUAAGGGAAAUCUGUUAAAUUGCUAGCAAUUGUAAUUGCCUGUAUAUAUUGCGUGUUUAGAUGAAAUUACAGUGCUUCUGGUAAAGGAAAAAAAACAUGAAAGGGGCAAAUGAGAUUGCCUGGAUUUUAGAAAGUGCAUUAAGAUGUCUUGUGGUCUU